AUGGAUUUUUACGAGGAUGAACAAGUCAACAAUAGAUCCAGAGAUCAAAAUUGGGGUGAAACGGAGGGUGAAGCGGUUGUCCGGGCAAGCCACGACCCUGCUACCGGAGACCUGAGAGCACUACACAACCUGAGGGCCCUGGAGACCUGCAGCCAUGUGUCUGCCUCUUUUAAUACCAUCCAGACAGACAUCCAGCCUCACAUGAGGAGGAUACUAGCAGUGUGGAUGUUUCAGGUGUGUGAGGAGCAGAAAUGUGAGGAAGAGGUGUUUCCAUUGGCCGUGCAUUACCUGGACUGUUACCUGAGCCGGUUUGCCAUUAAGAAGUCCAACCUACAGCUCUUGGGGGCUGUGUCCAUGUUCCUAGCCUCCAAAAUGAGAGAGACUGUCCCUCUGACUGCCAGCAAGCUUUGCAUCUAUACUGAAAACUCAAUUUCAGUCUCAGACAUCCUGCAGUGGGAGGUGGCAGUGGUGUCCAGGUUAGACUGGUGUCUGGCCUCUGUGGUACCCUCUGACUUCCUGGAGCCAGUUCUUCAAGCUCUCCCCUUUGUUCCACCAAACCACCACCAGAACGUGCGUAAGCAUGUUCACUCCUACAUUGCUCUGACGGCUAUAGACUGCAAGUUUUCAGUGUUCUUACCCUCCACUGUUGCAUGUGCCUGUGUGAGCAUUGCUACGCAAAGGCUAAAGUUAGUGGACGACUCCUCUGAUUCAGUGAUGAAGUUUUUGGCAAACCUUCUGGUCAUUGAUCUGCGUUGUGUUCUCCUGUGCUAUGAGCAACUACAGGGUGUGUUGGAGCUCAGCCUGCCCUCUUGUUUCCAGGCUAGUGUUUGCAGAUCAGGGGAAUGCAGCUCAGAGAUCAGCUACACCCCAGCUGACAUUCAGGAUGUUGUAUUGACACCGGUGACAUCACCCGAGGAAAUGAAGCUGUAA